AUGUUAGCAUAUGCUUUUCAGGAUAAGAUGCUGAAGAAGGACCCAGAUGAACGCAUCGUAUUAGCAUUACUUGCUACUAAUGGUACAUUAAGUCUCCUUUUUAUUCUUGUAGCCAUGUACGCUAAUCACUGUCUACUCGCACGUGAUGAUAAACGCUACCGACAACUUCGAGAAGAUGAACGAAUUAGUGUAGGUGACUCAAUAAGUCAAGAUGGAAUUAUCGCAACAUCCCCAUCUCGUUUGUAUGAUGCAGCAGGUAUAUUAAGUUCCCCACCACUAUCACCAAUAUGGGAUGUUUCUUAUACUUUUCCCAAUGAAGUAGUGACUGCAGGAUCUAAAGAUAUCUCUCCAGUAUUGAACUCACAGUCUGGGGUGAGAGAUGAGAUACGGGGAGUGUAUUUCUUCUCACCCGCAACUACACCAUCCGUGUGGAUGACGAAUACAAGGAAUGUAAACCGUGAGAGAAACUCUAUACCAAAUAGAGAAGCUAAUGUGAUGAAUUGGUCCAUAUUUAGGGAUGCAAAGUCUUUACUAUUUAUGCUUGCUGUCUGCUGUUCAUUGACGCACGCUAUUACUGCACUUACUCUAACGUUAGCAGAUCCUGGACACUUAGAUUCUGGUACAAGUCGACGGAAUGAGGACUUGAUUACAUCCGUUCAAGCGCUCUUAUUUUUUAUUUACUUUACUGUACUCUGUAUUCUAUUAUAUAGACUUGGGGAUAUCUCUGGUCGUCUUUCAGCAAAACGGUUUCGUAUUAUUCUUUGGGGUUCUAUUGCUACUCUUUUUACUACUAUGGGUAUUGCGUUAGAACUAGUUCUAACAGAUAUAUUCCCUAUGGCAUUAGAAUAUUUCUCCAGUAUAUACCAAGGUAUAUUAGCAAUCUGUUUUCUUGUUACUUCUAUAGUAUUACCGAGGCGUAUUGUUGGAUAUGGUGAGUCUGUUAUUCCCAUUGCUUCCAAAAUACGUCGGGUGACCAUCACAACUGCAGUAUCACUUAUUGUACGACUUGUAAUUCUCCUUCCAAUUGUACAGAAUCGUUUGGCGGUAGUUGGUGUGUUUGCACCUUCUAUAUUUUUUUUCUUUAGUAUUAUCCCUCUUGCUGCCUCUCUUCAUCUCCUUCACUCACCUGGUUAA